UGUGUGAGGUGAGCUGGGCGCCAUCAUUCAACGUUAGAGGCCUAUAGGCACUGUCAGAAGCUGGGAGAUGGACAACAUACACAUCGCUUUAAGGUGACAAACACGACGCCUCGUUAACGCUGCAGACAGGAGGCCCAGAGUAGAAGCAAAGACCAAAUAGAUGGCACAAGGCUGAGCCUGGGUAACAGGAAGGGAGUGAGGGUGACUGGGAAACAUGUACCUCCGGUGGACUGGGGCAGCGGAAGAGGAGGUCCAUCCAUCGUCCAUUCUCCCACCAGCACCCCUUUACCUUCAGACACGCCCACUGUGAUCUCCAUCGGCCCCCUGCCUCACAGACACCCAGAGCGAGUUGAUGAUCCCAGGAUGGACGAACCUUCCUUCAAGGAGGACUGGACCACAGAUGCGUCCCCUCAAACCAGGGUGUCCCACCAUGAGAUGGGCGUCCCCCGGCAGACCAUGGAGGAGCUGAAGACCAUCCUGAGGGAUAGCCAUCUGCAUAGCAUCCGGGCACGAGACGAAGGGAAGCCAGGGAGUCCUUAUACGUACCUCCAUGGAAGCAGCAGCAACAGUGGCAGUGGUGGUGAAAGGCCCGACGGACGGCAGGAUGAUGGAAACCCCAACAGGGUGUUCAGCACCUUCAAACCCCAGUCUGACGCUUCCAGAAGGGGGCCCACGUCCAGAGAUAGCACAUCUAUUCAGCAGCCUUCCGGUGUGGAUUCAUCCAGCGCACUCAGGUCUGAUGCCAACACAAAUAGGAAACCUGGAGUUAGGGCUCACACAUACGCAAGCGGACGAUCCUGGGGAGAGACUGGAGCUUUUCAUACAGAUAACGGAAACGAGACUAUCGAGAUCUUUGGGAAUCAGAGGUUCGUUGCAGCCAUGGAGCAGAUCAAGCAGCAGAUCGCCAGAGAAGACAUCAACUUUGUUCGCUUUGAGGCCACUGACCUCCACGGGGUGUCCAGGUCCAAGAUGGUCCCUGUCCGCUUCUUCCACGAGAAAGCGGUAUAUGGGGUACCGAUGCCGAGAAGCUACUUAGAGCUGACCCUGAGCCCCAAGAGCAACGAAGUGGACAACGCCAGCACCGCCAACUUCAGCAGCGAUGUCCUCCUGAUCCCUGAUCUUUCUACCUUCAGGGUCUUACCGUGGGCUGAGCAGACAGCCCGGGUCAUCUGCGACCCCUGCACGGUGACAGGAAGCCCCCUUCGCACUUCACCUCGCCUCAUCGCUAAGCAGCUCCUCGGCCAGCUCCAAAGCCUUGGAUUCUCCCUGCACUCAUCCUUCACCUAUGAAUGCUGCAUCCUCGGGGCGCCAGACCGCAUCGGACCAAAGACACUCCUGUUCCCGGCCACCACCCUGCUCGGCAACCAUGACCUGCCUUUCUUCCAGCAGCUGGUGGACAGCAUGUAUUGCAUGGGCGCAGACAUCGACAGUAUCGCCUCUGCAAGCGGCCCCGGCCAGAUGGAAAUCAACCUGAGGCCAGAGUUUGGGAUUGCGGCAGCAGAUAGCGCCUUCACCUUGCGCACCGGCAUCAAAGAGAUGGCUCGUAAACACAGCUACAUUGCCAGCUUCUUCACGGACGAUGGCCUGUACAAUGCUGGGGUGCUUUCCCACAGCUUGUGGGAUGCUAAUGGGCGACGCAGCCUCUUCCAUGUCGGGGAGAGGGCAGGCGAGCUAUCCGAGAUCGGCAGGAAAUGGCUGGCGGGGCUGCUCACCCACUCCGCUGCCCUGAGCUGCCUGAUGUCGCCCGGCCUGGGCUGUCGGAGCCACAUCGCCAAGAUGAUCAAAGACCCCAAACGAAUGCUAUACGCUACAUGUGGCUUCAACGAUAACAGCAGCUCCUUCAACAUCAAGUGUCAUGGCGGAAGGGAGACACACAUUGACAACAAACUGGGCUCAGCCAUGGCCAAUCCUUACAUUGUGCUGGCUGCUACUGUGGCCGCUGGACUGGACGGCAUCAAACGGAACCUGAGCAUCGAGAGCGCUCUGAACAAAGCCCCCAGUCAGCAAAAGGAGUUCGCCGUUCCUGUGAAGCUCGACGACGCUCUGGAGGCGUUGGGGGAUGAUCACGUCAUCUGCAGCACCCUCGGAGAGCCGUUUGUUCAGUACUUCAUCGCUAUGAAAAAGUUUGAGAUUGAGACCCAAGAACUGGAUGAUGAGAGGAACAAGUGCCUGGAGUAUUUUAUCUAGAAAGACCUCCCGUUUUGUAAUAUGUGAAACU